CGUUUCCAUCUCGAGUUCUACGUUUGUCUCCUCAUCAGAUCAUCACCCUCAAGCCAACAUCAAAGAACAAAACCGCAGACUCACAAUCCCAACCAAUCUCACCAAAUCCCCAUCUCAUAUUUCCAAAUCCCCUCAAUACUACACAAAAUGUUCGGAUUCGACGAGGCCAAGGAGCACCGUGACGAGUUCUACAACGGAACUCCUCACGAGUCCAAGCUGUCGCACGAGCUCCUCGCCUCUGCAGCCAGCUUCGAGGCUAUGCACUUGUGGGAGAAGAAGCAGCGCGAGUCGGGACAGCCCGUCAACCACGGCCUGGCCAAGGAGAUGCUCGCCGCCGCCGCCGGCUUCGAGGUCGAUAAGCUGGUCGAGACCAAGGGCCUCGACAUGAUCGACCGCGAAAAGGCAAAGCACCACGCCAAGCAGCAGGCCGAGCGCAUGUACGAUGAGCAGUAUGGUCAAUACGCCGAGUACAACCCUGAGCAGCAGAGGCCGCAUCGCCACAUGCAGUAUUAAAUUGCAUACGGGAAUCGAGAGCUGGGGGACUCUUGGGUUGUGCAGAAUAGCACCUAGUGAAUUGAAAUUUGAGCGACGACGUAUGAGACA